AUGGCAUUCUACGAAAUUCCGACCGGUGUUGUUGUCUCAUCAAAAAUUAUUAGUGAUGCUAAACAAUCAUUGAGAGAAAUACCUACGUCUCGACCGUAUACACCACGUGAUAACACAAGAUUUACGCUUAGUAAAUUGCCUGUUUACAUAAAUAAUAAGGAUAAAUCAUUCAGUGUAUUAUCCGUUGAUUAUGAGACAGACUUUCGACCGUGUUCAGGUCAACCACGAAUAACCACAAUGCUACAAUCUCCAUCCACAUCAGUUAUGCCGCAAACAUCGAACUCAAAAGGAUUCAGUUCAUCCUCAAAAGAAUCAUUAGUUAGAAAUGAUAAAUCCCUAGAGAAUACUCUAGACACUGUUCUUGAGGACUCACAAUCAAGAAUGACUAAAAUAUCGCCAUCGGAAAUAACAGAAUCUAAAUUAUCAUUGCAACAAUCACCAAUUGUUCUAGCGACAACAAAUUCUGUUAUCGUCUCGGCAUCAACAAAUGCGUUGAGGACAAGAAAAGAUAGUAUUACAAGCGCAGGCUUUCCGUAG